AUCCCAGCAGCGCCAGAGAGAGAGAGAGAGAGGACAGUGGAAAGGGAGAGCUUCGUCCCCCUCCUAUAUCGGCUGGUUCUUGCCCACCCGAGCAAGCGCCCAACGCAGCGGUCCAGAGCAGAGCCAGCCAAACGGAAUGAGUACAGGAGAGGGGAGAGAGAGAGGAGAGGAUCCUUGACUUGUUGCACUUGGAUGUGACGCGGGCGAGCCCUCUCUGACCGGACCUGCGUCGUGCUCGUGGCUACCGCAAGGAUCGCGCUUUCCUUCCGGGGUCGCAGUCCGUCGGCGAAGCAGCAGGGGUAUCCCACGAGUGGUGCGGGUGGGCGGAGCUCUGGUUCCCAGCCUUUCCUUCUUCCACAGGAAGCCUGAGGAGAGCGGAGAAGAGACGCCCGGAUUUCCGCCAAAAGAGUAAUGUGCUUAAGGAGUUACGAUAAUGGCUUCAUUGGUACCUGGUGUCCUUGUGAAACUCCUUCAGCAUAUGAACACGGAUGUUAAAGUCGCAGGCGAGCAUCGGUCAUCGCUUCUUCAGGUUGUCAGCAUUGUUCCAGCGCUUGCCGGGAGUGAUCUUUUCACCAACCAAGGGUUCUACCUUAAGGUGUCGGAUUCAUCCCAUUCAACCUAUGUUUCCCUUCCGGAGGAACAGCAUGAUCUCAUCUUGAGCGACAAGAUUCAGCUAGGCCAGUUCAUCCAUGUAGACCGUCUAGAGGCAGCUACUCCAGUACCCAUCCUUAGAGGAGUUCGGCCAGUUCCUGGUCGCCAUCCUUGUGUUGGCAACCCUGAGGAUCUUGUAGUAACCAGUUCCUCGAAUUUUCAUGGCAGCAAGAAGGCACAACCAACCAAUGGAUUGAAGGAUGCCAGCAGCUUGUCACUAGAAAAGGAAAAGAGCAAGUUGGAGAAAAUAAAUGCUAUGCACAAGCCCAUUGGGGCAGAAAAUAAGAAGCCGCUGCUCACCAAAUCAAACUCUUCUCUGUCAAAACAAGCUGUGAACGGGAUUGGUGAUAAGAAGGAUGCAAUUAAAUCAAAGGCGAAGCCUGCUAUUACUAGGUCAACACCUUCAUCUCCAACCAGUGUCUAUUCUCUACCUCCAUCAUUCGACAGAUUCUCUAAUGAUCUGAAACAGAGAAACAAAGUAAAAGGAGCCGAGAAAGCAUCGUCUUCUAGGCUUUCCUUGUUAGAAAAGGCAGCUUCUGUUUUGAAGGUUACUACUGCUGGGAGGAAGUCCUCUGCUGGUAAUUUGAUCAGUAGCUCUGUGUUGAGUAUUGGAUCAGGGCCAAAGGCCUUGAGAAGAAGCUGGGAAGGAAACAUGGAUUCGAAAGGAAAAGGCAAUUCAGAAUCGAAAACAACCAAAGCUGACAGAAAGUCUGAGAACAAGAGCACAAUGACUCCUAGACGAAAGCCACCAGGGGAUGAGAAGGUGUCACAUAAAGAUGAUAGUAUGAUUCAGAAAGCUGCUAGGAAGAGCACUGCAAUUGCUCCUUCAGAUGAUGCCGACAAAACAAUUAAGAAGCAUCCUCCUGCUGUAAAGAGAACAUCUGGGGUUUUAAGCAACUCAAAUGUUACAAAUUUAGUCAAGAUUCCCCCCAACAGCAAAAAAUUAACAGAUGCUAGCACUUCGUGGACAUCAAUUCCUCCAUCACUUGCAAAAUUAGGAAAGGAGCUUCUGAAGUACAGGGAGUCAGCACAAAUGGCUGCCGUCGAAGCCAUGCAAGAAGCUUCUGCUGCAGAGAGCUUGCUCAGAUGUUUGAGCUCGUACGCGGAGGUGAGCUCCACGGCGGAGGAGCAGAACCCACAGCAGGCCGUCGAGCAGUUCCUUGCCCUCCACGCUGCGCUUUCGCGUGCCACGGUGAUCACCGACACCCUCACCAAGCCUGCCGCCUCUGUAGCCUCGCCGGACCACUCGGCGGCCAGCGACUCCGGAACGGUGGCCUCCGCCACCGACGAGGAGGCCGCCGCCGUUGCGGCUGAGCGCCGACGCCGAGCUACGUCCUGGGUGAGCGCCGCGCUCGCCACCGACCUCUCUGCCUUCGGCCUCUACAACCUAAAACCGGUCCCCGCCACGGUCUCCUCGCCGCUGGCCGUGGUGGUCGUGGACGAGUCCGCGAAGCCGGCGACGGCUGCGGUCACGGCUACGAAGUCGUCGCCAUCGCCGAAGUCGCGGAUGUCCCCUGCUAAGGGGAAGGCGAGGAUGGGCCCGGGUGCUGCGGCGGCCUCAGCGGCGCUGACGACGACGCCCGCUCUGCCAGACUGGGAGAGGGGAGGAGGCACUGAAGAGAGGGGCGAGCUGGCGAGGCGGCUCGGGGAGGAGUCGAGGGGUUGGUUCCUCGGCUUCGUGGAGCGGUUCCUGGACGCCGACGUGGCGGCGGCCGCGCCGUGGGACCGCGAGCGCGCGGCCAGGAUGCUCCCGCAGCUGAAGCGCGUCAACGACUGGCUCGGAGAGAUCGGGAAGCGCAGCGAGACUCCUCCGCCGGACGCGGACGGCGAGGCGACAGCCGCCGCCGCCGCCCCGGUUGCCGCGAACGGCGGCCGCGGCGUGCCCGAGGAGACGAUCGAGCGGCUAAGGAAGAAGAUCUACGAGUAUCUCCUCACCAACGUCGACUCCGCCGCCGCAAUGCUCGUCGGCGGCGGGGCGGCCGCGCCGGCGAACGGGAAGGAGGGGUGACGCGGAUCGGAGGCCCUAAUUGGGCCGCUACUAUCGUGAAAUUUGAUUGGGCCAAGAAAUGGGCUUGGUUAGCUAAUGUAGGGUGUUUUUGUUUCCUUGUUGAGCCUUUGGGUUUUUUCUUUUCUUUCUGUUUCUUUUCUUCAAGGUUACAGAAAAGAAAAGGUGAUGACGAAUUGACUUGUAUUUAUCACUGAUGUUGAUUGGGAAACUCUGGAUUAUAUUGCUCGAUUGGGUGGAUU